AUGGCAGAAGCCCACCAAGCCGUGGCCUUCCAGUUCACGGUCACCCCAGAUGGGAUCGACCUGCGGCUGAGCCACGAGGCCCUCAAGCAGAUCUACCUGUCUGGACUUCACUCCUGGAAAAAGAAGUUCAUCAGAUUCAAGAAUGGAAUCAUCACUGGCGUGUACCCGGCAAGCCCCUCCAGUUGGCUCAUCGUGGUGGUGGGCGUGAUGUCAACCAUGUACGCCAAGAUCGACCCCUCGCUGGGAAUCAUCGCGAAAAUCAAUCGGACCCUUGACACUACCGGCUGCAUGUCCAGCCAGACGAAGAACGUGGUCAGUGGCCUCCUGUUCGGCACGGGGCUGUGGGUGGCCCUCAUCAUCACCAUGCGCUACUCCCUCAAGGUGCUGCUCUCCUACCACGGCUGGAUGUUCGCGCAGCACAGCAGGAUAAGCCGCGCCACCAAGAUCUGGAUGGGCAUGGUCAAGGUCUUUUCAGGCCGCAAGCCCAUGUUGUACAGCUUUCAGACGUCCCUGCCGCGACUGCCGGUCCCCGCGGUGCAGGACACCGUGACCAGGUACCUGGAAUCGGUGAAGCCGCUUAUGAAGGAAUCCGACUUUAAACGGAUGACGGUCCUCGCACAAGAUUUUGCCGUCAGUCUGGGACCCAGACUGCAGUGGUAUCUGAAGUUAAAAUCCUGGUGGGCGACAAAUUACGUGAGCGACUGGUGGGAAGAGUACAUCUACCUGCGGGGACGGGGGCCGCUGAUGGUGAACAGCAACUACUACGCCAUGGACUUGCUGUACGUGUUACCGACGCAGAUGCAGGCGGCGAGAGCAGGCAACGCCAUCCACGCCAUCCUGCUCUACAGGUGGAAACUGGACAGGGAGGAGAUCAAGCCGAUUCUGCUGCUGGGGUCCACAGUCCCGCUGUGCUCCGCGCAGUGGGAGCGGAUGUUCAACACUUCGCGGAUCCCGGGAGAGGAGACGGACACCAUCCAGCACAUCAGGGACAGCAGGCACAUCGUCGUCUUCCACAAAGGCCGUUACUUCAAGGUCUGGCUCUACCACGACGGACGGCUGCUGAAGCCGCGGGAGAUCGAGCAGCAGAUGCAGAGGAUUCUGGACGACCCGUCGGAGCCCCAGCCCGGGGAGGCGAACCUGGCGGCCCUCACCGCGGGAGACAGGGUCCCCUGGGCCAAGUGUCGCCAGGCCUAUUUUGGACGCGGGAAAAAUAAGCAGUCUCUGGACGCCGUGGAGAAGGCCGCGUUCUUCGUGACGCUGGAUGAGACCGAGCAAGGGUAUAGACAGGAAGACCCGGAGGCAUCGAUGGACAGCUACGCCAAGUCCCUCCUGCAUGGCAGGUGCUGUGACAGGUGGUUCGACAAGUCUUUCACAUUCAUCGUCUUCAAAAACGGGAAGGUGGGCAUGAAUGCGGAGCACUCCUGGGCCGACGCGCCCAUCAUUGCACACCUUUGGGAGUACGUCCUGGCCACUGACUCCUUUCAGCUGGGCUACACAGAGGAUGGGCACUGCAAGGGCGACCCCAACCCAAACAUUCCGUACCCCACCCGGCUGCAGUGGGACAUUCCAGAGGAAUGUCAGGAGGUGAUAGAGACGUCCCUGAGCAGCGCAAGCCUUCUGGCGGAGGACGUGGAUUUCUGUUCCUUCCCGUUCCACACCUUCGGCAAAGGCCUCAUCAAGAAGUGCCGCACGAGCCCGGACGCCUUUGUGCAGCUGGCGCUCCAGCUGGCGCAUUACAAGGACAUGGGCAAAUUUUGCCUCACCUACGAGGCCUCCAUGACCCGGCUCUUCCGAGAGGGGAGGACGGAGACUGUGCGCUCCUGCACCACGGAGUCCUGCAACUUUGUGCUCGCCAUGGUGGACGCCAGCCAGACGGUGGAGCAGAAGCUCCGGCUGUUCAAGGUCGCAUCCGAGAAGCACCAGCACCUGUACCGCCUCGCGAUGACGGGCUCUGGGAUCGACCGCCACCUCUUCUGUCUCUACGUGGUGUCCAAGUACCUGGGCGUGGACUCCCCUUUCCUGAAGGAGGUCUUAUCGGAGCCAUGGAGACUGUCGACCAGCCAGACGCCGCAGCAGCAGGUGGAGCUGUUCGAUCUGGAGAGGAACCCGGAGUACGUGUCCAGUGGAGGGGGCUUUGGACCGGUCGCUGACGACGGGUACGGGGUGUCCUACAUCCUCGUGGGCGAGAAGCUCAUCAACUUCCACAUAUCUUCCAAAUUCUCCUGCCCUGAGACCGACUCUCAUCGCUUUGGGAAGCACCUGAAAGAGGCGAUGACUGACAUCAUCGGAUUGUUUGGGUUCAGCUCCAAUUCCAGAAAGUAAUUCCACAAGAGCCGCCGUGAAGGAAGACGAGCUCUUCUGAGAAAAAACCAAAUGAAAAGUAGCUGUUGAUCCUGAUUAUAGUUCAGGGUGAAAACUUGCUCUGCGAAACGCAGAAGUUUUCCUUCCAUCGAGGGUUUGGUGUUUUUGCUUCCUAGAACAGCCGUCUUCACCCUGUGAAGUACAAUCCCACUACUUCCUGGCAGGUCCUGACUUUGGGAACGUUUGCUGAGGGUUCCUCCUACCCCCUUCCCCCCACCCCACCCCCGCCCUGGAAGUUUUUGCAUCCGCCUGUGUUUAUAUACGGGAUAAAAAUAUGGUUGAGCUAAGUAAGGGACUAGUGGUGGUGUGACUUCACCCGUGGGAAAUGAAAGGGGCACGUUUCCUCGGUGGGGACCGAGUCCCUGGUCCUUGAUGGGCAUUUACUUUUAUCAGAGCUUAAUGUCUCAAGGCGGAGAUGUUAAGCCCUUCAUAGCUGACGCAUCUGUAACGCACUAAUGGAAGCAGCGCGCUUUUAGGUUUUCUGUCCCCGUGGGUAACUCUUUCCUCGUCUGGCUUGGCAUUCUGUUUGCCUCUCCGUGUUUGGAGCAAGUGGCGUGCCGCAUUCUGUAGCUUUUACUGACCGUGCAAGUCUUCAAAACCCAGUGCCUUAAAAACGGAAGGCCCUCCGUGAAAGGGAGACCAUAGGAGAGAUUUACUCUGCAGGGUCUCCAGGUGGAAUUGUGAGCGUCUUACUCCUCCCUCAGUUUACCGAGUGGGUAACCCUGUAAAUAGGUGUUUCUGGUGGCUUCCCUACCCCCAGGAAGACCGUGUCCUUCGGAGGGCGGCUGUGUUAGGUCCCUCAUCGGACCCCCCUCCUCGCAGCAUUAAGCGACAAAAGGAAGACAGUGUGUGUGUCAGAAGUGGGGAGCGAGGGAGAUCGUGCCCAGAUGUGAUGGUCAGGAGUAGUCACUGAAGAAAAGAAUUAAAGGUACAGGCCGUGCGGCAGGGUUACUGCCAGGCUGACAGCAAGGAGGGCGUGACGUUGACCGCGGACGAAGGCAAACAAAAAAAGCUCGAGAAACGGGAAGAGUAACCUCCAGUGGUCAGGAGAGCGCAGCGCUGGUCGGCCCCAGGCGUGCUCUCUGAUCCUGCCUGGGGGGAGAGGACCCCUCUCCUUUCCAGCUGAGACGCGGGGGGGGGGGAAGGAAACAGCAGGCCAUGUCAUCUCGGUGGCCCCCACGAGGCCCGGGUGACAGGUGCUAAGUUUAACCCUCUCCUUCAGGUGGCAGCGCCUUUAUGCAGAGUCCGAUUGACCAAAAAGCAAUUAUGCACUGAAUCGUCUUCAAUAUUUAACGUAAAACUGAAGGAUCAUGGAAUGAAAUAACUCACUGCCUCUGGGCUGUCACGGCAGGCUUCGCUGUUCCCAAUUUUAAAGCUGUGUAAUUUAUUUUGCUGACCACUUUGUCCGGGCUGGGCUUGCCUCUCUGAGAGGUGUGCACUCCAGUUUGAUGCAGUGACUAGGCCCAACUGUUGGAGGAGACAGGGCGCUUGUUAUUGGAGCACAUGCGCGUAUUUUAUUUAUGUAUAUAUUUCAGUGUAAAAUUCCCACCUAAAUGGGCCAAAGAUUUUUUUUCUCUUAAAAGCAAGAAGGAAUGAAACCAGGCAGAAAAACAAAACAAAACAAAACAAAACACAAAAACUCUAAGAUGAAAACCAACAACUACGAUAACAAACCCCUCGUGUUCGUCUGUGGUUCAUCGUCAAGAAGGGGUGUGUGUGGGGGGGGGGAUAGUGCGGUCUGCCCCGGGCGGGCGUGGCUUCCAAUAAAAUCUGGCAUCAGUCACUCUCAGAGCCACCUGAGUCCUGCGCCGUUGACCGCUGACCAGUCUGUAUCACUUUCACGUUCACAUGUGAAUUUGAAUGUUGACCUGUAGCACUUACACCUAUUCGGGCUUGUCUCUCAGGUUUAAAUAUUUCAAAUGUAAUUAAUUAGUGUUAACCAGUGCAGUUAUCAAUGCAAUUUUAUAUUUCCUCGAGGAAAGAAGAGUGGGGUUUUAUUGUACACGCUGAAAGGAGGGAAGAGUAUUAUGUAUUUAAUUUGGAAUAAGCCAUAGUCUUUUUUAAAGGAGCUGUGGUUUGAAUUCGUUACCUUGGGCUGUCCACUGCUUGUAAAUACAAUAUGCUCUUUGAGAUGUAAAUCUUAGAAAUGCAGUAAGAAUGUUACCAGUAAUAAAACAUUAAUCCCAGUC